AUGGAGACUCUAAACACAAAGGUAUCCACAGAGAUAGACAGCGCUUCCAUGGUGCCGACUGACGCGUCAAUUGCUGAUGUACCAUUGGAUGAGCUUGAGCGGCCAUCUCUGGAUAUAGAGCACCAGAAUCUUGAGGACAUUGGAUUGGAUGACCUAACAAAGGUGGAAUCGAAUUCUGAAGCACUCCCUAAUCCUGAGGAGAUCGAUGACACCAACGAAGAAUUUAAUAACACAGAAGCUGCUAAAGCGUCCGAGGAGGCAUCGAACCCCACGUUGGCUCUGUUCAUGGCUGCAUGUCAGAAUGGUGACUUGGAGGGUGUCAAGUCGCUCAUUUCCAGCGGGGAAGUUUCAGCAUCUGACACUUUCAGCGAAGGAAUCACCGGUCUUCAUUGGGCUGCCAUAAACAACCGUAUCACCGUGGUCAAGUAUUUGAUGGAGAAUGAUCAUUCAAAAGCCGAUCCCAAUGCCUUUGGUGGAACUCUUCAUGCAACUCCACUUCACUGGGCAUGUAGAAACGGCUUGGUAUACGUGGUAGACUACUUUUUGAGCCAUACAGAUGCAGACCCUACUCUUGUGGAUUCCCAGAAGUACAAUGCACUCCAUCUUGCUGUGCACAGCUCGAACAUUACAUUGGUGGUAUAUUUAUUGUUAAACUGUGUUGUGGGAAAGAGAAAUAUUUAUAUUGACGAGCAAGAUGGGAUCCACUGUACCCCAUUGCAUUGGGCCGCAUAUCAAGGCGACAUUCUCACUGUGAAUGCGUUGAUCAAAUACGGUGCAGAUGUGAACAAAGUGGACAAAUCGCUCAUGACUCCAUUGCACUGGUCGUUUAUUCGAGGCUACAAGUCGGUAAUGUCUGCGCUUUUGGAGGCUCAAUCUGAUAUCUUUGCCAAAAAUGACAAGGGCAAAGACUCGUUUGCUGUAUCCAAAGAUAUGAACUGUGAAAACACAUGGUUACAGGUCUUAAAGGAGGCAGAUAGGGACCCAGCACUCAAUUGGCAGCCACGCCGUCACAUAAUCUCUGCCAAAAUAGCCAAACUCAUCACUUUCUUCACCCCUUAUGUGGUACUUCCAGUGGUUCUCUAUAUAUGCUCUUUCGCUGAGGGUCUUACUAUUCCAAAACUUUUCUUGUCUGGAUUGGUGAUCGCGGUGGCUGGCUUGAUCUUGGAAAAGCUUGUGGUUCCCACUUACAUGCUCAAGGAGAGGCCAAUGUUCAAAACACCGCUCAUGGCUGGAGUAUUUUCUGCCACUGCAUUUUGGGCGGUUCUUCUGUUGAUCGUCACCAUUAUUCCAUGGGUUUGGAAGAAAUUGUUCUUACAGAACGUCGUGCUUGCCAUCAUGAUUGGAAUCUUUUCCGCCACUUUCUUUAAGGCUAUGUUUAUUAAUCCGGGAUAUGUUCCUGAACCUUCUGACCCCGCCACCAUCCAAGAACAAGUCAAGGAUUUGAUUGCAAUUGGAAAAUUCGACACAGAGCACUUUUGUGUCAACACAUUUGUCCGAAAACCGCUCAGAUCCAAGUACUCCAAGUUCUGCAACAGACUCAUUGCCAGAUUCGACCACUACUGCCCAUGGGUAUACAACGAUAUCGGUGUUAGAAAUCACAAAUUGUUCAUGACUUUUGUGUACACGUUGACCAUUGCUAUUCCUCUCUUCAAUCAGCUGACCUCAAAGUACUUCGAGAUGAAGGCAGAGAAAUUGGGCUACGAGAGUGACUUUGAGAACAAGUGCUACUUGCUUUCUGAAAACCUUUGUGUGGGAUUCUACAAUAACCAUUUUCUCUUCAACUUGUACAUUUGGUGCUGGUUUCAGUUUAUGUGGCUUUCGUUUCUUUGCGUUGUCCAAACGUUCCAGAUCUUCAAGGGUCUUACUUCCUGGGAAUUUUCUUCUUUGAGCGAUAAAGUGUCGAGUCCCAAAUACAAUCACUCUACUGUUCCUAGAGAUUUCCAUGGACCAAAUGCUCCUCCAAUGUCAGAGCCUCCCAUGACACAUGCUCAUACACAUCGCCAUGGAUUCAGUACUCUUAUGAAGUUGAUCGGGUUGGAUCAGUUUUUCUUGACUUUGAAAUUAGCUGCGCUCUCUAUUUUUCAAAGAACUACUCACUCUCAGAGUUAUACAUCCAUUGACAACCUCGAUAUUCCAACAGAUUUUGGAUGGAAGCAGAAUUGGCUUGAUUUUUGGUUCAUUGGUGAUAUUGAGUGGAGGAAUUUACUCUUUUUGCCAAUCGAAGGAGAGAACAACUUGAAUGGCAAAGUGGUGGACUAUUACAAGUUGUACGAGUACCCACCCAAGGUAUCUGGCCCAGAGGUGGUAUAA